UAGUCACACAGUUAGAAUGUGAGGAUGCUCAGAAUAAGUGGUUUACCUGUUUUAUAGGGGGUGUUGGGUCCCCACCUUCCUUGCUGACUGCUAAGGCGCAUCACUUCUGCAUUUGUUCCCUCUGUGUCCUGCAUUAACAACUUUUCCUUCUCCACUGCAUCAUUCCCAUUCUCAUUCAAGCAUGGACUAAUACAUGGGUCAUUAGGAAAGUUUUGAGGUACGUAAAACUCAAGAAAUAUAAAAUCCAGCUGGGCAUGGUGGCUCGCAUCUGUAAUCCUAGCAUGAUGGGAGGCUGAGGCAGGAGGAUCCCUUGGGUCAGGAGUUCGAGACGAGCCUAAGCAACAGUGAGCCCCUAUCUCUACUUUAAAAAAUUGAAGAAUUAGGCUGGGCAUUAUGGCAGGCACUUGUAGUCCCUGCUACUCAAAAGGGUAAGGCAGGAGGAUCACUUGAACCCAGGAGUUUGAGGUUGCUGUGAGUUAGGCUCUCCCUGGGCAGCAGAGAGAGACUCUGUCUCAAAAAAGAAAAAAACAAAACAAAACAAAACAAAACUCACACCUGUAAUCCUAGCACUCUGGGAGGCCGAGAUGGGUGGAUUGCUUGAGCUCACUAGUUCAAGGCCAGCUUGAGCAAAAGGGAGACCUCAUCUCUACUAAAAUUAGAAAAAAACUGAGGCAAGAGGAUUGCUUGAGCCCAAGUUGGAGGUUGCUGUGAGCUAUGAUAUUACAGCACUCUAUCCAGGACGACAGCUGGAGACUGUUCAAAAAAAAAAGAGGAAGAAAAGAAAUACAAAAUCCAUGUGGAUAGAAACAAAUGAAGCCCUCUUGGCAACAUUGAUAACCCAAGCAAGUUGACAUUUGUGUAGGUCUCAGUCAGUCUCUGCACCUCCAGUUUUCUCCCCACCGAGGAGUCCCAUCUACCCACUCAGUGAUAGUGAGACCUCAGCCUGCAGGUACCCCAGCCAUUCCAGCUCCCGGGUACUCCUCAAGGACUGGCACCCCUGUGAUCCUUCACCCCUAAAUCCUCAAGACCCCUCCCCAGAUACUUCACCACCCUCCUGUCUUCUCAAGCCCACCAGCUUCAGUUAUUUGGACAAAAGUCCUUCAGUGUGCAAGAAAGAAGAUCAGAAGGAAAAUGUCCAAGGUGCAGCUCAGGAGGUAGAGGGAGUGGCUGCCUGCCUCCCCCUUGCCCAGAGCACGCCAUUCCUGGGGCCGGCGGCUGGGCCACGGAGCGUCUUGCUCACCCGCACUGGCACCUGUGCCCACAGCCUGGGCAUCCGGGAGAAGAUUUCGGCAUGGGAAGGUCGCCGAGAGGCCUCACCCAGGAUGAGCAUGUGUGGAGAGAAGCGGGAGGGCUCUGGGAGCGAGUGGGCAGCCAGUGAGGGCUGCCCCAGUGUGGGCUGUCCCAGCGUGGUGCCAUCUCCCUGUAGCUCAGAAAAGACCUUUGAUUUCAAGGGCCUCCGGAGGAUGAGCAGGACCUUCUCCGAGUGCUCCUACCCUGAGACCGAGGAGGAGGGAGAGACUCUCCCUGUCCGGGACUCUCUCUACCGGCUGGAGAAACGGCCAGGCUGGAGUGAGCACAGUACCUUCCUCAGGGGCCAUGGCAGCAGGAAAGAGAGCUCCGCAGUGCUGAGCAGGAUCCAGAAAAUUGAGCAAGCUCUGAAGGAGCAGCCAGGCCGGGGACUUCCCCAGCUUCCCAGCAGUUGCUACAGUGUAGACCGAGGGAAAAGGAAGCCUGGAACCUUGGGCACCUUAGAGGAGCUGACAGCAAACCCAAGUCUGAGCACUGGCAGCCAGGCAGUGGGAGUGGCUGGAGUUGGCGGGGAGGCAGGCCCACCCCUGGAGAGGGAAGGCAAUGGUUCCACUAAGCCAGGGAACCCUGGAAAUAACCCUAGCUCCCAGCUGCUGCCAUCAAAGAACUCCUCUGAUCCAGCUGUGAACCCUGUUCCCAAACCCAAGCGCACCUUUGAAUAUGAGGCUGACAAGAACCCCAAGAGUAAGCCAAGCAAUGGUCUACCUCCUUCGCCUACACCUGCUGCUCCACCCCCCUUGCCCUCCACCCCAGCCCCACCAGUCACCCGGAGACCCAAGAAGGACAUGCGUGGUCACCGCAAGUCCCAGAGCAGAAAAUCCUUCGAGUUUGAGGAUGCAUCCAGUCUCCAAUCCCUGUACCCCUCUUCUCCCACUGAGAAUGGUACUGAGAGCCAACCCAAAUUUGGAUCCAAAAGCACUUUAGAAGAGAAUGCCUAUGAAGAUAUUGUGGGAGAUCUACCUAAGGAGAAUCCAUAUGAGGAUGUGGACUUAAAGAGCCGACGAGCAGGACGAAAAUCCCAGCAGCUGUCUGAAAACUCCCUAGACUCUUUGCACAGGAUGUGGAGUCCUCAGGACAGAAAGUACAACAACCCACCCACACAGCUCUCCCUGAAACCUAGCAGCCAGUCCCUGCGUAGUGGGAAUUGGUCAGAAAGGAAGAGCCACCGGCUGCCACGAUUACCCAAGAGGCACAGCCAUGAUGACAUGCUACUGCUGGCUCAACUGAGCCUGCCAUCUUCACCUUCUAGCCUCAAUGAAGACAGCCUCAGCACCACAAGUGAGCUGUUAUCCAGCCGCCGGGCCCGCCGCAUUCCCAAGCUUGUCCAAAGAAUUAACUCCAUCUACAAUGCCAAGAGGGGAAAGAAGAAGUUAAAAAAGCUGUCUAUGUCCAGCAUUGAGACAGCAUCACUGAGAGAUGAGAAUAGUGAGAGCGAGAGCGACUCUGACGACAGGUUCAAAGCCCACACACAGCGUCUAGUCCACAUCCAGUCAGUGCUGAAGCGUGCACCCAGCUAUCGGACCUUGGAGCUGGAACUGCUUGAGUGGCAGGAGCGGGAGCUUUUUGAGUACUUUGUGGUGGUGUCACUCAAGAAGAAGCCAUCCCGUAACAUCUACCUCCCUGAAGUCUCCUACCAGUUUCCUAAGCUGGACCGACCCACCAAACAGAUGCGGGAGGCAGAGGAAAGGCUCAAAGCUAUUCCCCAAUUUUGCUUCCCUGAUGCCAAGGACUGGCUCCCUGUGUCAGAGUAUAGUAGUGAGACCUUUUCUUUCAUGCUGACUGGAGAAGAUGGCAGCAGACGGUUUGGCUACUGCAGACGUUUAUUGCCAAGUGGGAAAGGGCCCCGGUUGCCAGAGGUAUACUGUGUCAUCAGCCGCCUUGGCUGCUUCGGCUUGUUUUCCAAGGUCCUGGAUGAGGUGGAGCGCCGACGUGGGAUCUCUGCUGCAUUGGUCUAUCCCUUCAUGAGAAGUCUCAUGGAGUCACCUUUCCCAGCCCCAGGGAAGACCAUCAAGGUGAAGACAUUCCUGCCAGGUGCUGGCAAUGAGGUGUUAGAGCUACGGCGGCCCAUGGACUCCCGGCUGGAGCAUGUGGACUUUGAAUGUCUUUUCACCUGCCUCAGUGUGCGCCAGCUCAUCCGCAUCUUUGCCUCACUGCUGCUGGAGCGCCGGGUCAUUUUUGUGGCUGAUAAGCUCAGCACCCUCUCCAGCUGUUCCCAUGCAGUGGUGGCCUUGCUGUACCCCUUCUCCUGGCAGCAUACCUUCAUUCCUGUCCUCCCGGCUUCCAUGAUUGACAUCGUCUGCUGUCCCACACCCUUCCUGGUUGGCCUGCUCUCCAGCUCUCUCCCUAAACUGAAGGAGCUGCCAGUGGAGGAGGCGCUGAUGGUGAAUCUGGGAUCUGACCGAUUCAUCCGACAGAUGGAUGAUGAGGAUACGUUGUUACCUAGGAAGUUACAGGCAGCUCUGGAGCAGGCUCUAGAGAGGAAGAAUGAACUGAUCUCCCAGGACUCUGACAGUGACUCCGAUGAUGAAUGUAAUACCCUCAACGGGCUGGUGUCGGAGGUGUUUAUCCGGUUCUUUGUGGAGACUGUCGGGCACUACUCCCUCUUCCUGACACAGAGUGAGAAGGGGGAAAGGGCCUUUCAGCGAGAGGCCUUCCGCAAGUCGGUGGCCUCCAAAAGCAUCCGCCGUUUUCUUGAGGUUUUUAUGGAAUCUCAGAUGUUUGCUGGCUUCAUCCAAGACAGGGAGCUAAGAAAGUGUCGGGCAAAGGGCCUGUUUGAGCAGCGAGUAGAGCAGUAUUUAGAGGAACUCCCUGAAACUGAACAGAGUGGGAUGAAUAAGUUUCUCCGAGGUUUGGGCAACAAAAUGAAGUUCCUCCACAAGAAGAAUUAAACCUUUUUCUCAGUAGCAGAGUCCAGUGCUUUGCAGAGCCUGGAGCCUGGGGAGAGGGCCCAGCCUGUGACCCCUCUACACUGCUGUGGCUGCUCUGCUCCCGCAUACCCCAUCCUCCAAGCCAGCCCACCUCUGCCUUCACGAUAUCCCAGGAUACUGUUUGUAAAUAAUCUGCUGUAAGCUUUCUUAACUGUUUUUGUAACAAGCAAAGAGAAUAUGGUAAAUAUUUGUAUAUUCCCAAGGGGCCGGUUGCUUUCCUGUCCUGCCGGAGCAUGGAUGAAGUUUUGCUGGGUGCUCGGACUGGCCAACUAUGUGCAGCUGACUGUCUCAGCCAAACCACUGAUCUUCCCUAGAGGCUUCUGGCCUGCCUGCCUACCUGCGGCCCCUGCUGCCAGUCUCAGGCCCCAGAGAGCAGAUGCUGUCUUGUUAUAUACAGGAGGACUAUUUUUUUUUUUAUCUUAAGAGUUUCUAUUUUUCUCUGGCAGUCCCCCUUCCAGUCCUCUGUUUUUAAAAGGCAAAGGUCAUCAGGCCCCAUUUGUAGCAUGGCAUUAGGCUCUUGAGCCUGGUCCUCCUAUUCCUCCCACCCCCUGAAAUGGUCAGUGAGUGAUGGGAAGCCCACCCCCCAGCUCCACCAGUGCUCCCUGGGCCCGGGUCCCAGUCAGUGGUGGCCAUGAUGCGGUACAGGGCAUCCCUUUUUCCCACCAUCUACGGGUGUUCUCAAUAAAGAGUGUACAGUUGUUUGGGCCCAGA